AUGGCAGCUUUAAGUUCCAUGGCCAUCUCAUGUCUACAAUCACAUUCUCGCAACGAAAGCUACUUCCUUGCAUAUAAACCAUCCCAAUUUUCAAAACCCUUGUUCAUAAACCCAUCUCUGAACAAACCCAGAGUCUCAAUUUCGUUUUGCCUCAAGCCAAGUGACAAUGAUGAGAUGCAAAUUCGACAAGAAUCUGCCGGAGAAGAAGAAGAAGAGUACUGGGUUGUUACAGCCGUAAGAAGUAGAUACAAUGAGAUUGUUAUAGUCGAUACUGUUGCUUCCAGAUACCUCCUCCUUGAUUCAACUAAGAAUGUGCAUAGCCUCGUUAACAAAGGAGGUCAGAAUUGGACUGGAUGCUAUUGGGAUGAGUUUUCAAGUUUACCGCCUAUUAUACCAAAUGGUCCCAUUGCAAUCUAUGGAUUGGGUGGUGGAACAGCUGCAAGAUUGAUGCUUGAGUUGUGGCCUUCAAUACAACUUGAAGGUUGGGAAAUUGAUGAAAUUUUGAUUGAGAAAGCAAGAGGCUAUCUUGGAUUAUCUGAGCUAGAGAAACCAACUUCAAAAGGCGGUAGUCUUCGUGUUCAUGUAGAUGAUGCUCUCUCUCCUUCUCAAGAUGUUUCAGGAAGAUAUGCUGGGAUCAUUGUUGACUUGUUCGCUGAUGGAAAAGUCUUAGAUCAGCUGCAACAGGUUCCAAUAUGGCUGGAUCUAGCUAGCAGGCUGAUGCCAAACGGUCGGAUCAUGGUGAAUUGUGCCGGAAUCGAAGAAGAGAAAGCCGCAACGAACGGAAAACCUCAGUUGUUGUUAGGUGAUUCUGUGUGGGAGAUGAAUUCUACUAUCAAGAUCUUGUCAGAAGCAUUUCCUGGACAAGUUAGCUGGAAGAGAACGCCGGAUUCGCAAGGUCUCAACUUUCUUGCUUUAACCGGAGGCUUACCUCAUCUUAGUGACUGGUCUAAGAAAGUUCCAAUCCGUUUGAGCGAAACUGUUCAGCAAUGGAAACUCUGCGAGACCUCUUAA